GGAGAUACCGUAGUCGAUUGCCACAAACGUUUUGAUACAGCUUAAAGACAGGAAUCACCAGCAGAGAAAGAAACUUUUGGAUAAAACGGAUAUUAAGUUUUCAAAAUAAGUCAUUUACUGAAGUUGUGUUUGGAGACAAUAGUCUAAGAAUGGUUUAAUAUUGUGCAUUAUUUUCUUUAAAUAUUAAAAUCGUUUUGACUAGUGUGUAAGGCGCUUCAACGGUAUUUUUAGAGAAAAUGUGACACUUACGUUGACAGUAUGGAAUUAUACGUUUAACUGGAACAGCACAAUACAACUCUUCGUAAGAACUUAACUCUCUGUAAAGGUAAUACAAGAAAUUCCCAUUCAAAUUGAAGUUAUGAAUGCCUGACACAUACUCAAACAAAGUUGUAUAUAUAUAUACAUUAGGAGUGCAUUGAUACCAUGGGAGUGAUGGAUAUAAAAUGAUGUUGAACACAAUAAGAGAGACGCUGUGUACGCCUGAUCCAGACUUGCAAUAAGCUGUAUAUAAAUGACGAAUAUGGAUACUAUGUGUGACGGACAUUAACAGUUGAGAAAUGGAUCAUUGUAAUUCUGCAAAUAAAGAGCGUGAUAAUGAUACGAUAGCUGCGAUUGACGUGGUAUUUUAUUGUUUCAUUUAAUAGUAUGGAUGUUAGCAUUAACAGUGUAUUCUUUUCGAUGAGGCUUAACGAUGAGGAUUUUAAAAUUAACAUUGUUUUCUAUUGUAUGGUGUGGUAAGAACAUGCAAUUUUGGUAAUGAUACAACAGUUCAUGGAAAACUCCGAAAACAAAUAUAUCUAGCUGGCCUAUUUAUGGUGUUCAGGUUCAGUUAUAUAUCAUAUUUAAAGGACAUAGCAUCAAUCGAAAGGGAAACAAUACUCUUUUAUUCUGCGCGGAAUUAUACAAGACAUAUCCCAGAGAAACACAUUUGUCACAAUUGUUUGUUGUGUUCCAAUAACGAGGAAAUUAAGCCAGUUUUUUCUUUAUUACAUUAUUUUAAAGAAGGGAUCAAUUAAUUGAUCGGCUUAAUGGAAACUUCCAAUUACGUUUUAUUAAUUUUUUAUUCAAACGCACGACUACCUAAUAUCAAUGUUCCGACGUGGUGUCUAGAAUUGGUCUGCAGUUUGCUUUAUAUUAACGACAGUGUAGUUUGACUACUGUUAUGAAUAAGAAAUGUUUUAUAUGAAAGAAAUAGAAAAGCAAAACAUCUUUUAUCAACAUGAGUAAGAAUAUACAUGAAUAUUCAAUCAUUAGAAAUAUCACAACCUCGAAAUUGUUUGAGGAAAUUUUAAAUUAUACUAACAGUUUCAUAAUGGAUAACCCAAAUGUUAGUACGUAUAACGUUAGUGUGAAUGGAACGUUAAUUACAGAAACGCUUGAACAGUUGAACGCCAGGUACGCAGCGGCUUUGCUUCCGUUUACCAUCAUCCUUGGGUGUUUUGGUGUCAUUGGUAUAAUCGGAAAUAUUUUAGUUUUCAUCGUGUAUGGAUGUGGUAAAAAGUUUAAAGACCAGAAAUUCCGGUAUUAUGUGUUAACACUUGCAUUUAUUGACUUCAUCACGUGUCUUACAUUGAUACCAGCGGAGAUGGUUAAACAUAUAAGUUACUUUAACUUUACAGAAAGGGCGUUGUGUAAAACAAAAUGCUUUUUCAACGUGUUUGCAGCUUCGUCUGCGUCAUAUUGCCUGACACUUAUAGCAGCAGAUCGCUACAUUAUGACGUGCCACCCAUUGUUCUUUGCAAAACUUCAGAAAUAUUCCUUUAGUUUCGCAUCAAGACUAUGUAUUUUGAUGCUAUUUUUAGCUGUCGUGACGUCUAUACCUGCGGCGAUUCUUUGUGGUAUAACAGAGUCAACAAUGACGGAUUUCAAUGGCUAUGACAUAAAAGUUUUCCUAUGCGAAACGGAACCAUUCUAUGAGAAUAACCCUUCAAGAUACAUUUAUAGAACUGCAUUAUGUGCAGCACAAACUUCUAUCAGCAUUAUCAUGAUCAUUCUUUACGCUCGUAUUGGUCACGCUGUGAUGACUGUUAUGAAAAUACGAGAAUGCAAGCAUGGCACGAUACAACUUAACGAUCUUAAACCAAAAUUAAACAGAGGCGAGCACUCAAGCUCGAUGAAACCAGGGUGUCAUGUGUGUUCUCCUAACAUUCCAAGCAAAAUUAAGUUAUUAUUUGUGGUGACAGUGGUGUUUAUAGUAACGUACGCCUUCUAUAUGUGUCUGUCAUGGAUUGACCAAACCAGGCUUUCACCAACACAAUUCUUCUUCUUUUCUGUUUCCUUCCGUUUAUAUUUCAUUCACAGCAUUAUCAAUCCAUUUUUGUACACUAAAAUGGACAGGUAUUUCCGGAACCGAUGUUUCAAAUUAGUCCGAACAAUUUUUCGUUGCUAAGUGUUUUUAUUAAAUAAACAUCCAAGACAAUGCACUCCGUAUUUUAGAAAGAAACGACACAAAAGUGUUAAACAGUGUUUCCCUGAAGUAAUUAGAUGUUAUAUUU